AUGGUCGGCGGUGAUGGCGGUGACGAGGACGGUGAUGUAAACGAGGACUUUGGUGAGCUUAUUUUGUACAAUAUUAAUAUUGAUGCGGCCGAGUGUACCGAGUCGUGGACGGAAAUGAUUAGUGUGGAUGGCGUGGAUAUAAAUUUCAAAUUGGACAGUGGUGCGGCUGCCACGUGGCUCCACACUCAUGACAACGCGUUCAAAGAAUUAAAGUCAAAAAUAAGUAGUAGUCCAGUAUUAGCAUAUUAUUCGCCGCAUGAAGCGGUGUGUGUGUCAGUAGAUGCGAGCUCGCGUGGCCUGGGCGCGUGUCUGAUGCAGGGCGGGCGGCCCGUCGCCUAUGCGGCGCGCACGCUAACGCCUGCGGAGACGCGCUGGGCGCAAAUCGAGAAAGAGCUGCUCGCAGUGGUUUUCGGGUGCACUCGAUUUCACCAAUACAUUUAUGGGCAUAGUGUUAUUAGUGUGGAAAGCGACCAUAAGCCGCUGGAAGCUAUCAUGAGAAAACCACUUAAUGAAACACCGGCGCGCCUCCAGCGCAUGCUUUUAAAAUUGCAGCAUUAUAAUAUAGAUCUCCGCUACAAGCCCGGAAAAGAGAUGUUUAUUGCGGACACAUUGUCGAGAGCGCCUAGCGAGGCGGGCGUCGAUAGUGAUGUGUGUAAGGAUGUAGUGGUGCACGUUAACAUGUUAUAUAAUAAUGUGGAGGCGACACCCGAAAUGCUAGGCAGAAUAAAGGAGGACACGUUGAGGGACCCCGUCCUGAUGGCGAUUUGUGAAUACUACCAUAACGGGUGGCCCUAUAACAAAAGAGAGGUCAAGGAUAUCGUGAAGCCAUACUGGGACGUGCAUGACGAGCUUCACGAUGUAAAUGGUAUUUUAUUUAGAAAUGAGAGAAUUGUGAUACCGGCUUCGUUACGCAAAGAGAUGGUGCGUCGAGUUCAUGAGGGCCACCUGGGGGUGGAUAAAUGCCAGAGGCGAGCGCGCGGAGUGAUGUGGUGGCCCGGCAUGGCCCGGGACGUGGAACGCGCCGUGCUGGCGUGCGAGACGUGCCAGCGACACCGCGCGGCGCCCGCGCGCGAGCCGCUGCAGCCGCACGAUGUGCCCGAGCGCCCGUGGCAGGUACUGGCGGCGGACAUUUUUGAGUUUAAAGGUAAACUGUUUUUAUUGGUGGUAGAUUAUUUUUCGAAAUUUGUGGAAAUAAGUUGUUUAAAUAACUUACAAAGUGGUACCGUAAUUGAAUCACUCAAACAAAUGUUCAGUCGGCAUGGGAUACCAGAAAAAUUGGUCACCGACAAUGGGACACAAUUUACGUCUAUGGAGUUUAAAGGAUUUUGUAAACAAUGGGAAUUUGCCCAUGUCACCAGUUCACCUCUGUACCCGAGAUCGAACGGUCUCGCGGAACGCAAUGUACGCACAAUUAAGGGAUUAAUGAUAAAAGCCUACGAAACAGGGAGUGAUUGGUACCUCGGCUUACUAAAUUUCAGAAAUUCACCUGUGACAGGUGAAACAUACUCUCCGGCUCAAUUAUUAAUGAGUCGAAGUUUAAAAACACGUUUACCGGUAACAGAUGCGUUAUUGAAACCGCGAACGAUUGAUCGUCGUUUAUUUAAAGACGAGAGAUCCGCAAGGAUAAAUAAUUACAAAUCAAACUAUGAUCGUGGCACUAGGGCCUUACCACAAUUAAAUCCUAACGAUACGGUACGCGUGAAGCAAAACAAAGAGUGGGUAAAAUCACAAAUAGUUAACCAAGCUCAAGACGGACGUUCGUACUGGCUACGAACUAACGAUGGAGGAGUGUACAGAAGGAACCGUCAGCACAUAUUGAAAGUCCCAGACACAACCAGCGAAUCAGCUGCUCGUAGUCAACCUAACAGUGGCCAUACGCGAGGUUAUUUGGACUGGGACCAGUUUCAGGGUCCUCGAGGGCCGGCAACUAGUGCCGCGACCACCAGGCCCGACCCGCAACCAUCGACUUCGGCUAAUGGGAAUUAUGUAACUCGAAGUGGCAGAGUAGUACAACCGCCUCAACGGUAUUAA